AUGAAGACCAAGUUCUGCAACGGCGAGACCGACCCUUCCCCGCUCGGGCUCCUCCUCGGCUGCAGCUCCGCUGCUGGGCAGCCCCCCUCGCCGCUAGCUCACGCCGACCCCGAGGGGAAGGACCCGGUGGCGGCGGGCAGAGGCGCCACGACCCCGCCUGCCGCGCUUCUGCUGCCGCCACCGGCGCCUGAGGCGGAGCCGCCGCUCGAUCCGCGGACGCGGCGUAAGGCGUAUCUGUGGUGUAAGGAGUUCCUGCCCGGGGCCUGGCGGGGACUGCGGGAGGAGCAGCUGCGCAUCAACCCCAUCAGAGGUGGCCUCAGCAACAUGCUGUUCCAGUGCUCGCUGCCCGACGCCGUCCCCACCCUGGCAGACGAGCCGCGCAAGGUCCUGCUGCGCCUCUACGGAGCUAUCCUGCAGAUGGUGAAGCUUUGGAACAGCAAGAGGUCCUGUAAUAAAGGAGAGUCUGUACAGUCUCAGAAGGAAAAUGACUUGCAAGGGGCAGAAGCCAUGGUUCUGGAAAGUGUUAUGUUUGCCAUCCUGGCAGAGAGAGCUCUUGGCCCCAAGCUGUAUGGAAUCUUUCCCCAAGGACGGCUGGAGGAGUUCAUCCCUAGCAGGAAGCUGAGCACUGAAGAGCUGAGCUUGCCUGACAUAUCUGCUGAAAUAGCUGAGAAGAUGGCAAGGUUUCAUGGCAUGAAAAUGCCUUUUAACAAAGAACCUAAGUGGCUCUUUGGAACAAUGGAGAAGUACCUAAAUCAAGUGCUGAGGAUUAAGUUCACCAGAGAAUCCCAAACCAGGAAGCUGAACAAACUCCUUGCUUACAAUCUGCCCCAGGAAAUGAAGAAUCUAAGAGACAUGCUUGAAGCUACUCCAUCCCCAGUUGUGUUUUGCCACAAUGACUGUCAAGAAGGUAAUGUCUUGCUUCUGGAAGGCAGAGAGGACUCAGAGAACCAGAAGCUGAUGCUCAUUGACUUUGAAUACAGCAGCUACAACUACAGAGGGUUUGACAUUGGAAAUCACUUCUGUGAGUGGAUGUAUGACUACACAUAUGAGAAGUAUCCCUUCUUCAAAGCCACUGCUCUGAAGUACCCUUCAAAGAAGCAGCAGCUUCAUUUCAUCUCCAGUUACCUGUCUGCAUUCCACCAUGGCUUUGAAAACCUGAGCAAUGAAGAGAAGUCCAAGCUAGAAGAGGAGGUCUUAAUAGAAGUUAACAGGUUUGCCCUUGCAUCACACUUCUUCUGGGGCCUCUGGUCUAUCAUACAAGCAAAGAUCUCCUCCAUUGAGUUUGGCUACCUGGAGUAUGCACAGUCCAGGUUUGAUGCCUACUUUGAUCAGAAGAGGAAGCUGAAGGUCUGACCGUGGAGGGGCAGCCUGUUGGUCACUGUGUGAAGAGGGCAGCUGGACAGAACUGACACUGUGCUUAGGCUACUGUAACUCCAGACCCUUGGAAUGCAGUUGUACAGUACUGGGGACUGGUCAGAAAGGACUCAUUUACAGUUUCCUAAACACUUGGAGUGAGCCUGGGAGGCAAAAGUUCAACUCCAGCAGUGCAAUAUCUUUAACUCUUUUGUUUUGUUGUUUUUGCUCUAGAAGGUGUUUUGCAUUCUGGGGCAAGCUUCCAACCAAGUGUCAGUACCACCUGCAUCAGAGCAAACAGUGUUACUGUGAGUACAGCUGGGGGGUGGUGGUAGAGAUGAUUCAUUUUGGACACCUCUCAAAAGCAAAGGAGACAACUGCUAAAGCUGUGAAGUAGGCUUCAAACCUUACUGUGAGAUUAGGCUCAACAUGCCCCUUGAACACUAUCUCCAAAGCUGCUGCUAAGGUAGACCACUUGGCCCAGAGAGCAACUGAACCCCUGGAAGCAGAGUGCUGGCAAGGGUCACCCCCACACACAUGAAUGUUUCUCUCAACUGGUGUGCCUGGCAAGUGUGAAUGAAGUUGGAACUGGACCUUCUGAAGGAGUUUCUCAUUCCCUGUCCUUCAAGAACAUGCUUUUGUUGGUUGUUGGGUUUUUUAAAUUUUUUUUUAGCCCAGCCUGGUUGUCUCUUACAAUGCUCCGUCCUGCACAAGGGUUCUGUGGGCUGGCAGCACUGGGAAGAGUGCCUUGAAUUGCUCCCCAGAUACCUGUGUGGGCAGUGGCAGCCACCUGUGCUUGCAGCACACCUCUCCUGUUGCCACAGUGGCUGGCUGUAAAGAGCCCAAGCCUGUGGAGAACAGGUCAGCAAAGGACUGUCCUGCCCACCCAGGGCUCACAUGGCUUGGGAGGUGCUUUCCUUCCACCUUCCUCACGUUCCAGAGAGCCAGAGGAGUGGAGCAUCUUGUGGGGAGCAAGACUGUGUACAUUGAAACCUGAGUCUGAUCCCUGCCCACCUCUGCAGGGUUGGGGGAGCUUAUUUCUUUUGAAUGUUCUUUGUGCUUUCUAACACUGUAUGAUAAAGAAUAAACAUCUAAGUCUACCCUCUCCUGUGUGUAGAGCAGAUCCUGUUCCAGGCAGCUGCCCACCUGGGCAGCAGUUCAUUGUCUAAUAGAACCUGUUAAAAAUAAAAGCUCUUGGCUUAUUCUCUAAGUUUUAGAGAAUC